AUGAUCCAACUAAAGACCAUGGUCAAUGUGAUCGACAACUCUGGAGCCGCAGUAGCAGAAUGCGUCAAAGUACUGAAGAUGAAGCGACACGCCAAAAUCGGCGACCGGAUAAUAGUAGUAGUACAAAAGCAACGCAACUUCGGUCCGGAGACGGGCGGAGGAGGCUCAGUAUCAGUCUCUGCCGCCAACAAGGUCCGACGAGGCGACAUCCGGCACGCGGUCGUGGUGCGCACGGCGAAGAAGUACCAGCGGCCCGACGGCAGCGUGGUGAGAUUCGACGACAACGCUUGCGUGCUGAUAAAUAAGGGUGGCGAGCCGAUUGGCACGAGGUUGAGCGGAAUCGUAGGGAAGGAGAUUCGGGAGAAGGGGUGGAGUAAGAUAUUGAGUUUGGCGCCGAUGCAUCUGUAA